AUGUACUGCUGGGCAGACUACACCUGGAUCAUGCUCCGGAUGUGGAACACUGGCUCAUACACUCUCUCUUUACUGUGUUCUAGAGGUAUUUCUCUCUCUCUCUCUCUCUCUCUCUCUCUCUCUCUCUCUCUCUCUCUCUCUCUCUCUCUCUCUCUCUCUCUCUCUCUCUCUCUCUCUCUCUCUCUCACACACAUACACACACACACACACACACACUAAACUGUUUUCCAGAGGUAGCCUAACACAUCCAUCUAUCUAUCUUUACAGAGAAUUCCCAUCUUUCACAGUGUUAGUAUGUGUGUAUGUGGAGAGGAGGGGGAAUAAUAGAAAUACCAAAAUAUGUUUGGUUACUCAUGCGGCCCUGCACACAUGAAUGCCUAAGUGAUGAAAAUGAAAUGAUGAGGCUGUACAUCAUGUGUGAUUUAUAUCACUCAGUUGUGAUUGAUGUUGUCUCUGCAUGAAGGAAUGUGUUUGGUCCAGUCUCCUGCAACCCUGAAAUUCACCCUCUGUCAUUCUAUCUGAUCUGGACCAUGAUCAACGUAUCAAAGAUCACUUGGCUGUUUCUCUCAGACAGGCAGUAAGUGGUUUGGUAUUUUUUUACAUUUAAAGGGGAAGUUCAGUAUUUUAAAACUUAAUGUUUGAUGGUUCCGCAUCCUGAAAGUAGUCUUUGGGCCAGGAGAAACUCUAAUCCAUGGUUCAGUGUUAUUUAAAAAGCAAAUACAAACUUCAGCUAACUUUGAUAGUUUCUGUUUAAAGAAAAUCGAACAGUGGAUUACAGUUUCUGUUGGCCCACAGAGUACUUUCAGAGUGAGGAACCCAUCUAACAUUGUUUUAAAAUACUAAUCUUCCCCUUUAAGAUAUAGGCCAAAAUAAAUGCAGUGGGCUUUUGUGCAAAACCAAGUAAGGCAAUACAAAAAUGAUGGAUCAUCCUUUUUAUUUUUACAGUGACCUUCUACCAUCCCUGUUUUUAAAUGGGAUAUGCCAGUUCACAGCUUCCAAAUGCUGUAUGUCUCCUUUCGAAACCUGCACUGCCACAGCACCUGGCUGGCCAUCAACAACCCUAAAGAACCCUGGAGGACCCACUAUCUGAUGAAUUCAAGAUAUAAUCUACAUAUUGAUGUCAAGAUGUAGCUCAAUUGCUUGUUUUUAUCAUGCUGCUAUUAGCCAAUGAGCUUCAGGGCAAUAUGUCCUUAUGUAACCAAGUUGAAUUGGUUAAAUGUACUCCUCAGCUUGAAAUACCACCACCCACGCCACCGAAUUGCUAGCUUUUCAGUGGCACAGCUGGCUGAAGGUGUUUCAAGGGGGCGGUCACAUGUGUUUGCAAGACAGAGGAUCUCAUAUCAAAUACCAGUAAGUGCUUGUGAAGAAGGAAGCGGUAAGUGGCACAGUGACACCUGUUAUCUCUCAUAAGAGAUAAUGUUUUGAUGGGAUAAUUUGCAACAAUGACCUCAAUAACCUUAAGAUAAGAAAAUAUAAGAUAGUAAUUUAUUAACCUUGGUACUGUAUGUCUUGUUUUAAUAUGCCUAUAUCAUAUGUCUUCAUGAUGGUCCCUCUAGUCUAACUGUGUGUUGAUGUGUUGAUGUUGUGUGGGGCAGACCCAGAACGGACUGGCUACGUUUGGCUGGUGGACUCUCCUGGAGGCCCUGGACAGUCUGGGACUGGUGCCGAGGUACCAGGCUAGUCUACCUGACCCUCUGGUCAGCUCCAUGGUCCUUACCCUACUGCUCCUGGGGAUGCUCAUCUGGUAAUGACUGACAAUGAUAUAAGGAUGGUCCCAUACAAUGUUCCCUCAGCUCCCUGGGACUGCCUGUGCAGAAUAAAUAUCAGCCCCCGCAGAGAAGCACAAGAUUGAACUUCACUCAACUCUCUAGAGUUUUUUCGGUUAGUUAACACUAUCAACGUUACCCUUUACUGUGGGGAAUUGUGAUCGAAUCAACUCAAUAUUAACCACUUUCAAUGCAACAAACCGAAACAAAACAAACUAUGCAAGAGAUUUUGUUGUAGGCAGAACGCUCCUUGUCUGAAGGGUAAGUGGCUAAACAGGUUAAUGUCAAGCCCUGCAUGUUUUUUUCAAAAGUCUCAUGGAAUGUAGGCCUAUAUUGAACACCACACAUUGGCUGCUACUGUAGGCUGAACUAUAGAACAAGAACAAGUAUUUUCACAUUGCGCUCAGCAGACCUGAAAUUUGCUCAGUGAGGAAAAAAAUCAGAGGGAACAUUGGUCCCAUACAUAAAGAUCCUAAUCAUUGAUUGAAUGGAAAAAUUAUAAAUUGUGGUGUCGACGUUAGGAGAGUCUCUCCUGCUGAGACUGAGGCUGUCCUAAUAUGGACACCGUGCUCACUAAAUGGGUACACUAUACUGGGUAGCUGGGUUUAAUUCAGUGUAGAAAAACAAUGCUAUUUCCCAACAGGUUUUUCUUUGAGAGCUUCAUCUUCUCCAAGUACAUCUGCUACACGUUUACUGUCUACCACGUGUUGAUUGUGGGUCUGGAAGCCAUGUUCACCAGAGGCUAUCAUGUCCAAGACCUCGCUCCAACACAGUCUACUGUG